AUGCUUGUCAAGUCACUUGGACUCAUUUUGCUUGCCUCGGCCUCAGUCGCUAGAAUGCAUUCUUAUUGCGCUUGUCAAUUUGGCACUGACCAGGAACUCGACUUCGAAACAACUAGGAAAGUAGCUGAGGACUUUUGCAACAACGAUUUGGUUUGGGGUGAGUCUGCUCUCAUCUACUACUUUGGGCUUUUCUCGAGACUCUCUGGCAGUAUGCUAAUAGUCAGCAGGACCCCUUAUCUUUCAGCCUCACUCAGAAGUUACCUGGGCUGUGACCGACAAAUGCAAGUGGCGUGGCUCAUACGUAAGUCUGAUCAGAAGUCACUCAGAACUUUUAAGGAUACUGACGCUGUAGGUAGCUGCAAUCCGCAUCGGGAGAAGGCAUCGAUGGUGAUUUCUUUCACAGCCAGUGCCAGAAGUUCAACCCAGAUGCUGACAGCGCCUGUCAUACGUGCGACGGCUGGCCAUGGAUGGGUUUGCCAAGCGGAGACAUGA